ACUGUGGGAGUUUUGGCUAAAUAACCUUUAUAAUGAAAAGAGGGAACAUUCAGGCUUUUCAGGAUGAGUUCAGUGGAACAGGCCCCAAGAACAGAUUCCAGUCUUGAUGCCACUGAAAUUGCUUCUGCUGCAGAAGAUGAACUGCCAGAUUCUAAUAUUUGUUUCUGCUACGAAAGGAUACUCUGUAUACAGCAAGCAAAAGUAGAUCACAGUGAAAAUGAAAAUGAAGAGAUUGCAGCGCCUCGGUGCCAUUUUUUAAUCCCACUAAGGCUGCUUCCUUUUAUCCUUGCCUUAUUUCUCACUUUAAUCAUAGCAACAGCCAUUGCCUUGAGUGUUUAUUUCAAUUGCAGUGGGAGGUUUCAGUGCAGAUCUUCCUUUAAAUGUAUUGAUCAAACAGCAAGGUGUGAUGGCGUCUUCAAUUGCAAAGAUGGAGAAGAUGAGUACAGAUGUGUCAGACUGAGCGGCAAAAGGGCUGUGCUGCAGGUGUUCAGUUUUGGAACCUGGCGGACUGUGUGUUCCGAUGGCUGGAAAGACAACUAUGGGAAUGUUACAUGUAAAUACUUAGGAUUUUCAAGUUUUGUAAGCUCAUCUGGCUUCCCAGUGGCUGCCAUUGAGAAUGAGUUCCAGAAAUAUUUUGUAACUGCAAAUCGUUGGUUAUCAGCUGAUCAACUAACAUCACCACAGAAUGCUACUGAUUUACGAGAAGAAUGUAUUUCAGGCAAUGUAAUUGUCUUAAAAUGUUUAGCAUGUGGUACCAGGAUCUGGUACUCUCCACGUAUUGUCGGUGGAAAUGUGUCCCUGCUCCAGCAAUGGCCAUGGCAAGCCAGCCUGCAGUUUCAAGGAUAUCAUUUGUGUGGGGGGUCAGUCAUCACCCCAUGGUGGAUUGUUACAGCAGCCCACUGUGUUUAUGAUUUGUACCUACCAGGAGCUUGGACUGUUCAUGUGGGUUUAGUAAUCCUGGAAGAAAGUCCUGUUAACCCAUACUUAGUGGACAAAAUUAUAUACCAUAAAAAUUAUAAGCCUAAAACAAUGAAGAAUGAUAUAGCAUUGAUUAAACUGGCUACUCCACUUGCACUAAAUGGUCUUGUAGAGCCAAUUUGCCUUCCUAAUUUUGGAGAACAUUUUCCAGAAGGGAAAAUGUGUUGGAUAUCAGGAUGGGGAGCGACAGAAGAAGGAGGUGAUACUUCAGAAACCAUGAAAUAUGCAGGUGUUCCUCUAAUUUCUAACAAAGUGUGCAAUCAUGGAGAGGUCUAUGGAGGAAUUGUAGCAUCAUCAAUGCUCUGUGCAGGUUAUUUAAAAGGAGGUAUAGACACGUGUCAGGAGAAAAGGCAGCCAUCAUGGCUCCCAUGAAGCUGGGACAGACGAGGCAACAAAGAAAUGUGCAGGAGUGGUGUAGAUGAACAAUGACUGGAGCUGGGUAAGAAGAUUCCUUUUUUAUUUAGACCCUAACUUUAAAAGAAAAAAGAAGAAGAAAAUCCAGGAAAAGAGACUCUUAAAACUAUUUCUUAAAGCGGCGAAUAACCAUAGAGAGAAAAAUUCUAGAUCUGAAAGAAAGGAACUAAGGUGAGAAAAUCUAAAGAUCUUUUAAAACAUAGAAAAUUGGACUUUUAACUGGGUAGGUGUUCUGGAAAGGCAUUAUAAAAUGUUGGAACUAUCUACUUGAAUAGCUGACUUUGCUCCCAUAAAUUGAAUUAAAUUUAGAUUAAUCAAUUUGUUACACUCAAAACAACGCUGAAACCUAAACUAAGGUUGCCAUCUACUGGUGAAUGGAAAAUAUUCCAUACCUCUACAAGCCUGCAAAAUUUUAGAUAAGAGAAAUAAACAACAUCCAUCUAGAGGACUGUGGUGAUACACACUGUACUAUAACUAUCUACUUUAUGAUUACUGGACGUUAUUGUGAGAAUAAGGAAGACCUUUAAGUAAAGUAAAGUGACUUUUGAUUUUUGGAAAGCUGCCUGGACUACUUAAUUAAUAAUCCUGAGGUGUAAAGAACUAUGGUUAUUGAACUUUCUGUGGAGCAACAUUGGAACUGAAUAUAUUGUUUUUGGACUAUUGAGUAAGAGCGGGACUUACCAAAAUAAGACAAGAUGCUCCUUCAGGGGAAAAUGAGUGAGAUUUCAAAAGAAAUGGUGUUGAUGUUUCAAAGCAUUAGGGAUACUAUGACAAAGAAUCACAGAGAGAUGAAGAACCUAGUACAAGGCAUAAAUGGAAAAAGAGAAAAUAUCUUACAACUGAUAAUGAAUGAAGAUCAAAGAGUCCAGGAAAGAGAUGAGACAACAGAAAGAAUGGAGGAAAAGAUAGAACAGACAAAUCAGCAAAUAAAGCAAGGAGAUGAGAAGAAGACAACAAAGUUAAUAAUGACUGAUGAAAUAAACCAAGGGAAAAGUACUUUAAGAGAUUUAAAAAUGGAAUAGGAUAAGCUGGAAGAUACUUUUGAAAGGGAGAUAGGGGCUUGGGUGAACACUCUGGAGACCUGGCAGCUUAAGGGGAUAGAGAUGGGAGAAAUAUUCAAACUGAAUGGUGAGGAAGCAGAUGUUGAUAAAGACAAAGAUCUAAGAGAGGAGUAUGGGAGGCAAGCUAAAAAACUAAUAAGAAUUGAAGUAUUAAAAUGGGCAAGAGAUGAUGGAUAGAAAGGAUUUUUUUUUCUAAUAUAAUGAUGGCCCGGUUAAAAACUAGAAUAGAGAUAGAAAUAAGAAUGUACACUUUUAUAUAAAGCAAUAGUUAGAUGGAAAGAUUGGAGGUUGAAAGAUGGUAUUAUUAUGUAUGUUUAAAUAAUAUGAUGAUCGGUACUAGAAUGGUAUAUUGAAACGUUGAACAACCAAAUAAUGAAGGACUAUGUCUUAAUAUAAACAUGUGUAUUAACACUAGGAUUAGUAAUGAUGGCCUGACUAGAAGCCAGAAUAGAGGUAGAAAUAAGAAACAGGGGGAAUAUUAGCAUAUAUAAUGUUUAUAUAAUAAGCAAUAACUAGAUAGAAAUACUAGAGGCUGGAAGAUGGCAUGCUCAAAUAAUAUCAUUGGCAUUAAAAUGGAACAUUGAAAUAUUGAAUGACUAUUUUAAAACAAACAUGUAUAUUACUACUAGGAUUACAUAAAUUUGAUUAAUAUAACAAAUAUUAUUAAUAUUAUUAUCGCUACUUGUAUCAAAAUGAAUUAUACCCAGAGGCCACACUGUUCAUGUAAGGAUAUUGAUGUAUGUUUAAAAAUAAAAAUCCAAUAAAACUUUUUUA